GCGCUGUGGGAUAGUGGCACUAUAAAGUAUAUCCUCUCUCGGAGAAAGAUAAGAAGCCCAAGACAGGAGGGGGAUGAAGAUGGCGGACGCCAAGCAGAAGAGGAAUGAGCAGCUAAAGCGGUGGCUGGGCUCGGAAACGGACCUGGAGCCUCCUAUUCUGAAAAAGAAGAAGACGAAGGUGAAGUUCGAUGAUGGCGCCGUGUUUCUGGCCGCCUGCUCAAGCGGCGAUACCGAGGAGGUGCUCAGAAUGCUUGACCGGGGCGCCGACAUCAACUACGCCAAUGUAGACGGUCUCACCGCCCUCCACCAGGCAUGCAUAGAUGACAAUGUUGACAUGGUGACCUUCCUGGUGGAGCAUGGAGCCAGCAUCAACCAGCCUGACAACGAGGGCUGGAUCCCCCUCCACGCCGCAGCUUCCUGUGGAUACAUGGACAUAGCAGAAUAUCUGAUCAGUCAGGGUGCCAGUGUAGGAGUUGUGAACAGCGAAGGUGAGACGCCUCUGGACAUUGCUGAAGAGGAGGCAAUGGAGGAGCUCCUGCAAAAUGAGAUCAACCGACAAGGCGUGGACAUCGAGGCAGCUCGGAAAGAGGAGGAGCGGAUCAUGUUGAGGGACGCCCGACAGUGGCUGAACAGCGGCCAGAUCCAAGAUGUCCGACACGCCAAGUCUGGAGGGACGGCACUCCAUGUAGCUGCUGCGAAGGGAUACGUUGAGGUUUUAAAGCUUUUAAUCCAAGCAGGGUAUGAUGUAAAUAUUAAGGACUAUGACGGCUGGACUCCUCUCCAUGCAGCAGCACACUGGGGCAAAGAGGAGGCAUGUAGGAUACUGGUAGAGAACCUUUGUGACAUGGACCUCAUCAAUAAAGUGGGUCAGACAGCUUUUGAUGUAGCAGAUGAAGAUGUUCUGGGCUACUUAGAAGAACUACAAAAGAAACAGAAUCUGCUGAUGAGUGAGAAGAAGGAUGUUAAGAAGUCUCCUUUGAUAGAAACGACAACAACAGGGGACAACAACCAAUCACUGAAACCACUGAAGAGCAAAGAGACACUGCUUCUGGAGCCAGAGAAGAGCGCUCCGCGCAUCGAGACCUUGGAGCCAGAGAAGGUGGAUGAAGAGGAGGAGGGCAAGAAGGACGAGUCGAGCUGUUCCAGCGAGGAAGAGGAAGAAGAAGAUUCAGAAUCAGAGACUGAAGCAGACAAAAGCAAGCCUUCAGCUCCAGUCAGCAACAGCACGACACCUGGCCCGGCCAGCGUCACCGUGUCGUCUCCAACCAGCCCCACUAACCAGGUGACAGCUCCCACCUCACCGGUCAAGAAGGUCACCCAGCCUGCCGGGAAGGUCUCAGCUAAAGUGGAGGAGGAGAGGAAGGAUGAGUCGCCGGCGUCGUGGCGCCUGGGCCUAAGGAAAACUGGCAGCUACGGGGCACUGGCAGAGAUCACCGCCACCAAGGAGGCUCAGAGGGAGAAGGACACGGCUGGGGUGAUGCGCUCGGCCUCAAGCCCCCGCCUCUCCUCCUCGCUUGACAACAAGGACAAAGAUAAGGAAAAGGACAAAGGAACCCGGUUUGCUUAUGUGGCCCCGACCAUCCCCAGGAGACUGCCCAGUACUUCAGACAUCAACGAGAAGGAAAACAGGGACUCUGCUGCUAGUCUGGUACGUAGCGGCUCCUAUACCCGGCGACGCUGGGACGAUGACCUGAAGAACAUCGAAGGAAGCGCCUCCACCAACCGAACCCCCAGCUACCAGCGCAGCACGUCCCAUACGCUAGCGCUAGGGCGGAGCGGCAGCACGCGGGACGUGCCAGCCAAGUCUUCGUCCACCUCCAGCUUGGACCCUAACACCUGUAACACUAAACCCUGGCAGCCACCCACCUCCCACUACCAGUCUUACAGCAUUUACCGCAGCGGCUCUUUUGGCAGAAGGCACGAGGACCUGAGCACCUCGACCACCUCCUCCUCCACGACCUCCACCACCUCCUCAUCCGUUACCUCGCCCACGGGCCAUCGCGGCCUGCUCUCCAGCCUGGGCUCUUCCUCCACCCGCACCGGCUCCACCAGUCUCACCAGCAGGUACUGGUCAGAGGAGAGUGCCGAGAGGGAAAAGGAGAAAGAAAAGGAGUCUGCUGCGGUCAUCCCCACUAUAAACACUGGCUCUACCACCACAACCACCACCACCACCACAUCUACCACUACCACCACUGGCACUGUCAUUGGCUCUGACGGCAGGGAAAGACGCAGGUCAUACCUGACACCAGUGCGAGACGAGGAGUCUGAGUCCCAGAGGAAAGCUCGCUCCAGACAGGCUCGACAGUCCAGGAGGUCCACCCAGGGUGUGACUCUGACUGACCUCCAAGAGGCAGAGAAAACCAUUGGCAGAAGCCGUGCCACAAGGAGCAGGGAGGAGGAGAAGGAGGAGAAGGAGAAGCAGGACAAGGAGAAGCAGGAGGAGAAGAAGGAGACAGAGACCAAGGAGGAUGAUUACCGGUCGAGGUACCGCAGCUUCGAAGAGACCUACCAGCGCUAUCGGCCUUCCUCCUCCUCCACCUCCACCACUUACACAGUCAGCACUGCCUCCACCCCAGCCUCCUCUAGCACCACCCUGUCCUCCAGCUCCAGCUCUCUCAACAGGCCCAACAGCCUCACGGGAAUCACCUCCUCCUAUAGCCGUUCCUCCAGGGAUAUAGAUAAAGAGCCAGACAAAAAGGAGGAGGAGAAGGAGGGAGAGGACAAGUCUCAGCCCCGCUCCAUACGGGAUCGCAGGCGGCCCCGCGAGAAGAGACGAUCCACUGGGGUUUCCUUCUGGACCCAAGAUAGUGAUGAAAAUGACCCGGACCAGCAGUCUGACUCAGAGGAGGGCAGCACCAAGGGAGAGCCCCAGAGUGACAGACUGUCCAGGAAUGAAAGCAGCACUUCCUCCGAUCGUAAUGAUGCUCUUGGUAAUCGUGGCUAUGGUGAGAGUCGGAGGCCAUACUCAAGCAGGCUGGAUAGAGACGACACCACUGACUACAAGAAGCUCUACGAGCAGAUCUUAGCUGAGAACGAGAAGCUGAAGGCCCAGUUACGCGACACAGACCUGGAGCUCGCAGACUUGAAGCUACAGCUAGAGAAGGCCACGCAGAGGCAGGAGCGCUAUGCCGACCGGUCACAGCUUGAGAUGGAGAAAAGGGAAAGAAGAGCUUUAGAAAGGAAGAUCUCUGAGAUGGAGGAGGAGCUGAAGACGCUACCAGACUUGAAAGCAGACAACCAGAGACUAAAGGACGAGAACGGAGCCCUCAUUCGAGUCAUUAGCAAGCUUUCCAAGUAGAACAGACCCCCCCGCCCUGUCUUCUGCACCCCCCCACUCCCCCAUGGCAGUGACUAAUGGAAUUGCACAUUUAGAUAUUAAUUGCAACAGACAUCAGAGACGAGACUCCUUUUUUUUUUUUUUUUCUUCUCCUCCCGGCACCCAUCUCUCUUUGCUCCUCCAACGACUGCAGCAUCCACCCAUCCAUCCAUUUUCUCCCCCCCCCUUCUGUGCCACCCUCUUAGAUGAUAAUCCACUUGAUUCCUGUGGCUGCUGUCCAGAUAGAACCACUGAGUUUACAGAGCAAAGGAAAAAGGGUUGUGUGUGUGAUCAGCAUGUAAACGCAUUGCGGGCGGGGAAGCCUGACAACUUAUUUAACCAAUAAGCCUUAGUUGUACAUAAAGAGAAAAAAAAAGAAACACUUGCAUCGAUCUCUCUCUCGGCUGUCACUGAAGAACAGUUAUUAUCCAACACCUGAUUUUAUUUGUGCCACAAUCUCUCUUAUUUGAUGUAAUUUCCCCCCCCUUCCUGUGUAAGUGUUGUGUGCCGUGCAGUUUCCUCCCCUGAUUUUUUUUUUUUUUUUUUUUUUUUUUUCUUCUCCCGACUCCCAAGUGCCACUUCUGCCCCGUAUCAGCUCCUUGCAGCCACUAUCUCGGUGCAAGUGAUCGCCGCGUCUUUUUCUUCCCUAUUAGCCAUCUACACUUACACACACACACACACACACCGGUGCACGCACGCAUGCACACACAUUCACUCACUCUCUCUCUCAAAUGCACCCCCCCCCCUCCAUGCCCACCCUCCCCAUUUCUGUACCUCUGUGCGUCUUCCUCCAAGAGGGAAAAUUGAAUUCUCGCUUUACCGAAUGAGGCGGACCUGGUGGAAUUUAAGCUUUCACUGUAUGUGCAAUAUGCAUUUAUUUUUUCUUUUUUUUUUUUUUUUUAAAUGCUUUAAUGAUGAGUCCAUCACAAGUAGGAUUUUUCACUCUUCCACCGCUUCCAUUGCUCACCACCCCCUCCUUUUUUCUUUUUUUUUUUUUUUUUUUUUGUAGUGUAGUCAGUUUAUAUUCUGUAUUUCUCACUUUGUUUUAGCAGGUACUGAGUGAUGCUGUAUAUACCUGUAUGUAUUUGUUUGAGACCAGCACAUGGCAUGCAUUUAUGGUUCCCGUCUGUUACUAUUAAAAGUAUACAAAUUCCAGAGGACAAAAAGGUGUGUUUUUAAUUAUUUUUCCUUUAUAGUCUAAAGACAUUGGAUUACAGUAGGGCCUCUCUCUUAAAUGAGUUGGCUGGCAGUGUUCAGUGCUUUUUUUUUUCCAGUUAAAAAAAAGUGUUCACAUAAUUGUGAGAUUAAAAAAAAAAAUGCUUCACUACAUUUCACACAUUGUAUCUUUGGAAGAGUGCUGUUCAUUUUUUUUUUUUCCUUUUUUCUUUCUUUUUUUUUUUUUUAAGCUGUAGUAUUAUAGCCAAGGUGUUGUCACUAAAAAAAAGAAGAACUUAGGUAUUGCUAACCCAGUCCUUUUUACAAUGUCUACAUGCACUGUCAAUGCCAUGUGAGGAGUCUUGAUGUCAGGUUAAAGCAACUUGCCACCAUCAGAUAGUCCAUGCAUCUGAAAACAUUUUAUGCAUUUCAGUGGCCUUUUAAGAAUAUUUUAGUAAAAGGAAGAAAAAAAAAUAAAGUCGCUGCAGAUGGACUGUUGACCAUCUACUCUUUGGUUUAGAUUUUUUUUUUUUUUUCGUCAUCUUGUAAAAUAGGUGUGUGGCUUCAUACAUGCAAGCUGUGCUGUGACUACCAACCACUGAAGAGUUCAUUAAAAAUAAACUUGUACAUUGUAAAGUU